AUGCUCGUUGCUGCAAAUGAAGUUGCUGAUAUUGUCGGUACUGGAUCUGGCACUGGUGGUGCUAGCGCAGCUGGAGCUGAUGUUGCUGCUAAUGGAGGUGCCUUUGAAGAUGUUGUGGACCUUCCCUUGGUGACGCUGUUUCGCUGUGGUCGAUAUUUAUAG